GGCGAGACUAUUGAAGCGUUAUCAUAGGGAAAUACUAAGCCUGCCGCCUCUUCAAUAGUACUUAAACCCCCUCCAAGUACACUCACCGGAUGCAAUAGACCACUCAAUCAAAAAACAAACCAUUACUGUCAAUUCAAACCCCGACUCUUGUCUCACCCCCUACACAACCACAACAAAAACAAAAUGUUCUUCAACAAGUCCGUCCUGGCCGCCACCUUGGCCGUUUUCGCCUCCGGCGUUGUCGGCCAGUUGAUCGACAUCGAAUACGGCAGCAGCGAAUAUGACGCCCACAAGCAACAGGUUCAAUUGCAGGACUUUGAGAAGCUGGAUUAUCCCGGCACUUACUCCUACUUCUCUACCCCCGAUCUCUGCGAUCUGUACAGCAACAGCGAGAAUGAUGCCACCCUCUCGAAGGUCAGUGGCAGCAGCGAGAUUCCUUCGACGUACAUUGAAGCUGUGUACUGCUACACUUAUGAGCAGGAGGAAGAGCUGCUGUAA